GGGUUCCUGCCGGGUGAGGCCCCGGCUGUGGCUUCCUGGGUUUCUCUUUCAGUGUGACUGCGCCUGUGACACUUUUUUUCCUUUCCUUUCUUUUUGAGGGUUCUGCUUCAGUGAGUUCCGGGAGGGGACAGUGUGGUGGCCGUCCUGGGUGCUGAGAAGCUGCUUGGAACCGGAGGCUCCUCGUGGGCCCGAUGGGGCGGCCGGUGGGGGUGCUGUGUGUCCUCCUCCUCCUCCUGUGGUCCAGCCGGGAGUUCACUGAGGGGACACCCAGGGCAGCGGUGGAGAGCGAGCCCCCGCGUGGCAGGCGCGUGGCAGGGUGCACACAGUCAUGUACGUAUCAGCUGCCUGCAGAGCCGUCGAGUGCUCGGUUCGGGACCUGCCGGAUCCGGACACCGACUCAGGCUCUGCCUCGGGGCCCACCGACCUGAGCUGCUAUCGGGUGGACAGCGAAAGUGUCUAUGAGUGCUCCUGGCGGUACGAGGGUCCCACAGACGGCGUCAGCCACUUCCUGUGGUGCCGCCGGCAGGAGGGGUGCUGCUGCUUCUUCCCCGCGGGCCGGGACACCAGGCUGCAGUUCUCGGACCAGGACGGGGUGCCUGUGCUGCGGAGCGUCACGCUCUGGGUGGAGUCUCGGGCGGGGAACCGGUCAGAGAAGUCGCCCAGCGUUUCCCUGACGCUCUCCACGUGGGUCCGAUACCACCCUCCCCCGGGCGACAUCAGGGUGUCCAGCGCGUCCGGGCAGCCGCGGUGGGAGUGGGCGACCAGGCAGGAGAAGGCCGAGGCCCAGCAGGACAGGGCGGAGGUGCAGCUCCGGCACCGGACACCCAGCGGCUCGUGGAAAUGGGGCGACUGUGGACCCCAGGAGGCCUCGGGCCCAGAGUCCUGCCUGUGUCCCCUGGGGACGGACGGAGCCCGGGAAUGCCAGUUUCGGCGGCGGCGGCGGUUGGCAUCGGGUGCCCCGGGAGGUCCCUGGAGUAGCUGGGGCAGCUCUGUGUGUGUCCCCCCUGCCACCCUCCCGCGGCCUGAGCUGAGGCUCUCCAUGGGACCCCUGGGCCCCGACGGGAGGAGGCUGCUCACGGUGCUCGGGCAGCUACCCCAGGUCAAGCUUCCGGAAGGCUGCCUCGAAGCCCCUACAGCCAGGGUGAACCUCUCUGUCCAGCUGCACAUGCUGUCCUGCUCCUGCAAGGCCAAGGCCGAGAGGACCCGGCCCCUGCGGAGGAAGCUCAGCCUCUCGGGGGCUGCCUACGAUGUGGCUGUCUUCUCCCAGAGCCACUUUGGCCGGAGCUCCAACAGGACCUGGCACAUUCCCGCCAACACCAGCACAGGUGCCUCUCGGUGGGGCGGCCGCCAGAGGGACCUGGAGCUGCGCAGCUCUUCUGAGCCUCACUCCACCAGCGAGAGGCCAGGGAGGCCAGGGAGGCCAGGGAGGCCAGGGAGCGUAAGGGGUGCCAAAACCCAUGAUCCAGCUGGGCCUGGCUGUGCUGCCUGUCAUCCCAGUGUCUUCGGGUCCAGCUGGCGUCUGCUGCAGGGAGGGAGACAGGGGGCCCCGUCCGGGAGAGGGAAGCCCUUCAGACGCUCCCCGCCGCCCGCGUCCAGCCCCCAGCUGCCCCCCGAGGGGACAGAGCUGGGCGCAGAUGUCCCCGGGCAGGAAGGUGGUCCGGGGGCCGCACAGGCCGGGCAAAGGCGGCUGCGCUGGGUGACCCGCCAUCCCCUUCCAGACCCAGGGCUCCUGAACAUCAGCGUCGACGCCGAGGGGACCACCCUGAGCUGGCCCGCGGGGGACCCGGGCACCACCUACUGCAUCGAGUGGCGGCGGCUGGACGGAGGGGGCGGCCCUGCCCUCUGCAGCCUGCUCACCCCCCGCCACGCGGCCCCCGAUGGACGAGUGGCUCACAGCUGGGGCCGGGGAUCCGGGGCGCUGCUGCCGGAGGGUUGCUACCACCUGGCCAUCUUCGCCUCUGCGCACCCGAGGAACCCCGCGUCCUGGUCCACGGUCCUGUCCACCCACUACUUCGGGGGCAGCGCCCCGGUGGCCGGGAUCCCGCAGCGCGUGUCGGUGAGGAACCGCAGCAGGGACUCCGUGUCCGUAGACUGGUGGCCCUCGCUGCUGAGCACCUGCCCCGGCGUCCUGGAGGGGUACGUCGUGCGCUGCCAAGAGGAGGGCAGCCAGGGCUCAGCUCUCCCACCCCCAGAAGCCCAGGUUUCCAACCUGCCCAUCCCCUUCCUGUCUCUGGGGAGCUUCGUGAGCGUCCUCCUCCUGGGUGUCCUUGGGUACCUCGGCCUCAACAGGGCCGCCCGGUACCUGUGUCCACCCCUGCCCACACCCUGCGUCAGCACCGCUGUGGAGUUCCCCAGCAGCCAAGGGAAGCAGCUGUGGCAAUGGCCCAUCCCGGGGGACUUCCCUGAAGAGGUGUCCCCUCAAGAGACCCUGGUGGUGGAGGUGUCCUGGAACAAAGGCGAGGGGAGUGAGCCUCUGGAGGCGAAGACGGAGCUGCUGAGGGGUGUCCCAGAGCCAGGCCUGGACACAGAGCUGUCCCCGGAGGACAAGGGACAGGUGCAAGGACACCACCAGGAAACCAAGGUCCUAGGGCCCGGCAAGCGGGACUGUCCAGACAGCAGCCCUGCCCAGGCGUCUAGACUCCCCUUGCUCCUGGAGGACCUGAGGCAGGGGCCCCCCAAGUUGGACGACCCUUGGUGGACGUGGAAACGCGAGGAAGAAAUGGGAACACGCACCUCGUCUUCCAGAGAGGGAGACUGACCUGGCCGUCACCGAGGCCGCCAUCCAGGGCUUACAGCAUAACCAGCCUGUCCCUUCCAGACGCCGGGAAGAGCCCCUGAAUUCCCACAGCUGGCCCUCGAGAUACCAUGCCCAUGUCAGGGGUGUGACCACUGAGGCCCAGAGUGGGUGAGUGCCUUGCCUGAGGCCACACAGCAUGGGCCAGGACUCAAACUCAGGCCUCUGUGACCGGGAAACUGCUCCCCAUCACCCCGCCUCCGGGGCCCUGCCCUCCUCUCUAACCUCCGGCCACACCUGUUGCCACACAUCCUGUGACGGGAACCCUGGAUGCCACCAGGAAACGACCUGCUGCGCCCAGCCAGGCCUGACAGCCACGGGCCAGGGACAGGCCUGCCCUUGGCCGCUCUGCUGUGGGGAGGCCGGCGAGGGCUGCUGGGGGGGUCCCAGAAGGUCCUCUUCCCAGGGCACCGGUUGGGGACGGGCGGGACUGUCCACGGAUCCCAAGAAGGGACCCGGGGGCUGCUCAGCGCUGGGGAAGCCGGGUCCCCUCCCGGCCUCGUCCUCUCUGUCACACGGGGUAGCCCGAGGCCGACCUCGCGGGGCUUUGGGAGGGGCGCAGCCUUCAUAAAUGAGCCUCCUCUGUCCCCGACCUGUCCCCGGGGCAGUGUCAAUGUCCGGCUCCAAAUCUCCAAAUGGAAGCUGAGAUUCCUUCUCCUCCCUCGUGGACGCCCCUCUCCCUCUGGGGGCCCCGGGAUCACCUAUUUGGGGGAGGCCCAGCCGGACGUGCAUGGGGA